GCUCGUCGAGCCUCAGUGCCGUGCGGGGGAGAUCCCGGGCCUUCCCGCAGCCGCCGCGGCCAUGGUGCUGAAGCCGGUGAUCGGGAAGCUGGUCAGCAAGAGGGUGGUGCUGGCCAGCGCCUCCCCCCGCCGGCAGGAGAUCCUCACCAACGUGGGUCUCCGAUUUGAGGUGGUUCCAUCCUGGUUUAAAGAGACCCUUGAGAAGUCAUCUUUUGCAGCCCCUUACGAGUAUGCCAUAGAAACAGCAAAGCAGAAGGCACUUGAAGUGGCAAAUAGAAUGCAUCUAAAACACCUUAGAACUCCAGAUAUUGUUAUAGGAGCAGACACUAUUGUGAGUGUCGGAAAACAGAUUCUGGAGAAACCGGUUGAUAAACAAGAUGCAUAUAAGAUGCUGUCAAGGUUGAGUGGGAAGGAGCACAGUGUCUUUACGGGAGUGGCCAUUGUUCACUGUAGCAGUAAAGAUAAUCGUCUGGAGACUGAAGUCACUGAUUUCUAUGAAGAGACAAAAGUUAAAUUUGCUGAACUGUCUGAGGAGCUUUUAUGGGAAUAUAUUCACAGUGGAGAACCAAUGGACAAAGCUGGUGGUUAUGGAAUCCAGGCCCUUGGUGGAAUGUUAGUAGAAUAUGUUCAUGGAGACUUCUUGAAUGUGGUGGGCUUUCCUCUGAAUCACUUCUGCAGAAAGUUAGCGGAGUUGUAUUAUCCACCCCUCAAACAUACUAUACAGCAUGUCAAGCAUGACUCUAUCCCCUCCGUCGAGACUUUUGAGAACCUCAGUGACGGAGAGAGUGACUCUUCAAAUCCCAUGCAGCAUAAAAGUGCUAACACAUUAGAGAGGAAUGGGGUGCCCCUCUCAGGAGCCGUUCAUACUCCAGUAAACAGUGGUAGCAUCAAGCCUGUUUCUACAGUGGCUGUGGAAAAUCAGAGUGGAGUGAGGGAAUAUCCAACUAAAUUCCCAUCAAAAAUUGUAGAACUUACAGAUGGCUUCAGAGCUUCAAAGGCUUUGUUUGUGGCCUCUAAACUGAAAGUGUUUGAUCUUCUGAAAGAUAAAUGUAUACUGAAGGCUGUGGAUGUUGCCAAUAAGAUAGAAACCUCUGUGUGUGGAACAGAAAGACUGCUCGAUGCUUGUGCUUCUCUUGGAUUGCUGGAGAAAACCCAUCAAGGUUACAGUAAUACAGAUUCAGCUAACACAUAUCUGGUGUCAGACAGAGAAUAUUCACUUCAUGGCUACAUUAUCCACUCUAAUGACCGUCUUUGGCAUCUCUUUACACACCUGGAGGCUGCUGUCAAAGAGGGGACCAUGCAGACACAUCGGGCUUUUGGAAAGGAAACAGAGGACUUGUUUCAGGAUUCCUGUUGUCACAGUGUGGAGGCAAAGCGGCGCUUCAUGACUGCCAUGCAUAGCAUUGCCAAAUUGACAGCAAGAGAUGUGGCAACAGCUUUUGAUCUUUCACCAUUUAGAUCUGUCUGUGAUUUGGGAGGUUGCACUGGAGUUCUGGCCCAUGAGCUAGUACAAAAAUACCCAAACCUAAACGUAACUGUAUUUGACCUUCCAGACGUCAUUGCAAAUGUCUCUUGCUUUCAGCCUUCAGGACAGCACAUAACUCCAGUGAUGUUCAUAGCAGGUGACUUCUUCAAAGAUAAUCUUCCAGAAGCAGAUCUUUACAUCCUUUCGCUAAUUCUACAUGACUUGAAUGAUGAAAAGAUUCACAUAUUGUUAAGCAAAAUAUCAGCUAUUUGCAAACCAGGAAGUGCCUUGCUACUGGCAGAAAUUGUGCUUGAUGAAGAGAAGACACGCCCUCCUAGAGCAGUAUUACAGUCUCUCAGUAUGACUGAAGGAAAGCAGAGAAAUGGCUCAGAGUAUAAGCAACUACUGGAGAAAUAUGGAUUCACCAAUGUGCAAAUUAAAAUUACAGGAAACAUUUUAGAUGCGAUUUUGGGCUUUAAGAAAACUUCUGCCCAUUAGUUUGCACUGCAAGUUGUGGCAUUUUGCGGGCUGAAAUGGUGUUGGAUGAUGAGAAGAAAAGAAGGAGCACAGGUUUACUGCAGUCCUUGAACAUGCUUGUCCAGAAAGAGGGAAAGGAGAGGAAUGGCUCCAAAUAUAGAUGUUUACUGGAC